AUGACAACUACAAACGAGGCAAUUUUUGAUUGGAAAAUCUCAGAAUUUUUAAAUACAAAAGGUAAAAGACCUCCAUAUAUUAUCAUCAUAUUAAAUCAACCAAUUUUACGUCGAAAUAUAUUUCAAAUAUUGUGGGAAAACGCCGAAUUAAAAAUUUGUGCGGAUGGUGGUGCGAACCAAUUAUUUGAUGCUUUUAAAGGGAAUCAAGAAAGAUAUAUUCCUGAUUAUAUUAGAGGAGAUUUGGAUUCAUUGAGAGAUGACGUUCGAAACUAUUAUCAUUCCAAAGGUACAGAAAUCCAAUGCGAAAUUGAACAAGAAUCUACAGACUUCAUGAAAUGCAUUAAUCUUGUUCGUAUCAAGGAAAAGGCAACGAUCUCAAAGUAUGAUGUGUUGGCAAUUGGAUCCUCUGGAGGCAGAUUGGAUCAUAUAAUGUCAAACAUUCAUUAUCUAUAUAAACUUAGAGAUGAAAGGAAAAUUUUUCUAUUAUCCGAUAAAAAUAUGAGUUUUUUGCUUCAAAAGGGGAAGCAUAAUAUUUUAUGUGACAGAGAAAUAGAAGGACCAUCUUGUGGAAUUUUGCCAAUUGGAGUUCAAAGAGCUACUUUGACGACAACUGGGUUGAAAUGGAAUAUGAGUGCCGAAUUUUACAUCAGCGUUCGGGGAUACGAUUAG